AUGACGAACAGCUUGUUCAAUGUACUCAUGUCAAACGGCACCGACAUGGCACCGCACAAUGAAGAGAUCUCCACCAUCUUUGUCGUUGGCUUCCCUGAAGAUAUGCAAGAACGAGAGUUUCAAAACAUGUUUAUCUUUUCUCCUGGAUUUGAAGCGGCUACGCUUAAGGUGCCUGAAGAAGAGGAUAUGAACAACAAGAAACAAAUAAUUGGAUUUGCAAAGUUUCGUACAAGGUUGGAAGCAUUGGAAGCCAAAGAGCUGUUAACAGGACGACGAGUGGAUGCAGAGAAAGGAUGUGUCCUCAAAGCUGAAAUGGCUCGCAAGAAUCUCCACACGAAACGAGGACUUCAUUAUGCUCGACGAUCCGUUUAUGAAGCCUUUUACUCUGUACCUGAUCAACAACAACAGCAAGAGCGUUUGGGAUUAUUGGAUCAUGUAUUACCACCAUCACCAUCCACAUCCACACAGCUAUCCAUCAACACGAAUAGUAAUCCUGCUUCACCACCACCACCGGCACCAUCAUCCGCUUUGACAGGUCUUAUGGUGAGCAAUGGAUUACCAUCACCUCCUGGGAUCACUUCCCCGGUACGUCAGUCCAUCCUUGGAACUUUGGAUCAACAUCCACCUUGCAAUACUUUAUACGUGGGCAAUUUGCCAUUCAAUGCCAAUGAAGACGAGCUAAGAGCCAUGUUUAUUCAAUCCACCGGUUUUCGUCGUCUCUGUUUCAAGCCAAAGUUGAAUAGUAGCCCCAUGUGCUUUGUCGAAUUCGAUGAUGUGGCAUGUGCAACUCAAACAUUGUACGAGUAUAAUGGUGCCCUCUUGAGCAACUCGGUCAAAGGUGGCAUCCGCCUUUCAUUCAGCAAGAAUCCCUUGGGUGUACGUCAACAACCCACUACUACUACAAUGCGUCGUGAAAACGUUCCUUGUUGGCUUUUCGAUCCAUCGUCAUGA